AUGGGCAGCAGGGGGAAAGUUGCUGAUGUAGCGGACACCUUCGGCGUGGCUGAUACAAUGCCGGUGGGUGAUCUUUUUGGGAGGAAACAUAAUACAAACUCCCGCACGGUUGCCGACCCGCCUAUGGAUGCUGGGAUGAAGAGGCCAAAACAGUCUACCGGGGAAACGGCCCUUCCUGCCCGUCUUGUUUCCACCGCCCCUGACGUUUCCGCCCCCGAACGGCAGGGGGCCGCUUCAAGCUCUCGGGUGAUUGCGAACGUCGAUCAUCGUACCGUUGGCCUGCUGCCCGGCAAGGUCGCGGUAGACUUCGCCGACGCCUGUGUCGGUUCCUUCAUCGCUCUGGAGGUGGAGAGGGACCUUCUAAAAGAAUAUGAUUUGUCUCUUACCGAAGUUCUAAGCUUUCACGCCGUUAGUGACAUGCUCCUAGCUCGGGGGCUCAAACAACAAGGGCAGACAUAUCGUCUGGGUCUUCAAAGGGAGCUAGCGAAUAAAGAUGACCGAAUUCGAGCCCUUGAGCGGGAGCUGGAGACGGCGAAGAAGCAAGCCGAGGAGGACGAGGCCACGUGUAAGACUACUGAAGAGCAGAUUGAAAAGAUGCGUGAAGAUUUCAACGCUUACCGCCAGCGAAAGCAAGAGGAGCGAAGAAAAAUUGUGGCCGAUGCUCAGAAGGUGGCCACAAUUUACAAGGAGAUGAUCCAGAGUGUUGACGAGGAGACGGAGCUACCUCGCGACGCGCCCAUCGCUAAUUUCAUGGGGUGGCUGGUUGAUGAGCUGGCCACUCUAAGCGAUCACAUGGCCAUCGGCAGGGAGUAUGCAUCCAUGGUAUCUCUCCGCGCCUUCGCUCAGGCUCUGACGGAGUGCGGCUGCGACCAUGUUGGAGGGGUUGAGAUCAAGGAUCCCCUUUCUUAUUGGAAUGCUCCGGACUCCGCCCAUGAGGCCGCCAAGCGAUUCUUUGAUGGUUUUUGGCGUCCGGGCGGAAGGGACCUUGCUCUUCUCAGAGCCGCCAUGACCUGCGGCAAGGAAUGUGCUGCCAUCAUGGCGAAAGUGAAGAAGUUUAUUGCUGACCGGAAUGCUAAGGAAGGAGCAGUGGGGAGCGGCUCGAGCGGAGUGAAUGCCUCAUCUACUCCCGAUGCUGGGACGACUGGUACACCCGGCGAGGAAACUGCCGAUACUCCCGGCGAAGAGGCUAUCGGCACUCCGGGCGAACACGUCAACCAAGAAGGGGUUCCUGAUGCGGGGCCUGCGCCGCUGUUGGAUGUUUAUCCGUUAAUGAUUCGCUGCGGCGAUUUUUAUGAUGGGGUGCCCGUGCUUCGUGGUUUGCGAAAAAUUUCUGACUUCUUGCAUGGCUGGCUUCUUGAGGUCGCGAUUUCGUCGGAUGCUUAG